CUCUGAGAUGAGACCAGUCACACUUGUCUUGUUAGCUCUGUUCACCGGGGCAGUGACUCCCUACUGCAGAAGACUCUGUCUGACUCUGGACCCGAGCACUGAGCUACCACACACUAGAGAGGAUGGGGAGACAAGAGGUUCCACUUUAAACAACUCCGCUGGAGACGCUCUCACUCACUGUAGAAUGAAUCUGCUUCUGAAAGAUGAACGCACAAUUCAAGAGGACUGGAUGGUGCUAUUCCCCAGAGAGGAGAUCAACAGAAACUCUGAACUUGUACCGGCUGUGACUCUGGGCUACAACGUCUAUUCCAUCUGUGGGAGGGACAACCUGCUGCGAGCCGUUCUGGAACCUUUGAAAGGAGGGGAGCAGAGAGAGCCGACAGGACUGCGGAGCUGCGGCCGCAGCAGGGUGCUGGCGCUGGUGGGACACUCCUCCUCUGGUCUCGGCAGCUCCUCACACUGGCUACAGAUGAUCCACAUAUGUACUUGUGCAUGUCUGAGAGACAGAGAUGUUAACCCCAGAGCCAUUCUCCUCAGAGCAGAGUCCAGUCACUGUGCCCAGAACCUAGCCCCGAUGCUGCCCCUGACAUGCUGGAGCAGAGUGGAUGUUGUCUGUGGGACAUGCAUACCGGAGGGUAAAGCUGAGGGUCAGGCUCCCUUACAUGAGGUGAAGGGGUUUGUUCUCCCCGGCCUGACUGAGUUCUUACUAAAUCUGAUACCCUGGGAUGGAUCACAGAGUACCUUUAUCUGUGACUGGAGCCUGGCUGCUCAGCAGUGGCUGUGCUCCCCUCUACCUGAGGGCCGAGCAUGGUUCCAGGUCCAUAGGGUCAUGUGUGCAUUGACAACGGCAGCUGACAUGAGAAAGGAAUGCAGCGACAGUCAUACUGAGUCUGACUGUAUAAAAUAUGCUGUAUUGACACCAAACCAGCUACCAAAGGCGGCGUGCAUAAAUAUAUCUCCGCUGGGCAGAUGGAGUGAUGCUAACACAGGAGUAGCACGUUGUUUCAACCUAAAAGUGACGACAGACAGAGAACAUGGUCAGAAAAAUGAUGCUAGUAACUAUAUCCCACAUAUCCUGCAGAGCAGCCAUCGGUGUGUCUCUUAUGGCUGGGUGGAAGAAGGACUUCUGCUGACGGCUCUGUUCUGGCUUAUGAUCUACACCAGUAGAUCUCACAGAGACACCAGAAAGCUGAGCUUCCUGCUGCUCAUCACACAGACUCUGUGUUCUCUCUCACCUCUCACCGCCAUUGGCCGGCCCUCUGAGUGGUCCUGUAUGCUGCGUCACACAGCGUUUGGGAUCACCUUCGUCCUCUGCAUCUCUUGUGUUCUGGGGAAAACAAUAGUGGUGUUGAUGGCCUUCAGGGCUACACUUCCAGCCAGUAAAGUCAUGAAAUGGUUUGGUCCUCCACAGCAGAGACUCAGCGUUCUGGCGUUCACUCUCAUACAGGUCUCGAUAUGUGUGCUUUGGUUAACAGUCUCACCUCCUUUCCCCUACAUAGGGCUCCUAGCCUUCUUGUGCUUUGUUCUGGUCUCUCUGGUCAAUAAGCUACCUUCUAUGCAAGCUAAGUUCAUUUUAUUGACUGUUCUUAUACAUGUACAAUUAGCAGCAUGGUUGCAAACCUCCAGGGCACCAACAAGGUAUAAACUGGUCAUUGAGAUACAUUCAACAUAGCUAGAUGUCUAAACCUAGAAACUGAAAGGUUGUACACGAGGGAUGGGCAACUCCAGUCCUCAAGGGCCUAAUUGGUGUCACACUUUUGCCCCAGUCUCAGCUAACAAACCUGACUCCAAUAUUCAACUAAUCAUGAUCUUCGGUUUAGAAUGCAAGUAGUUUCAUCAGGUGUGUUAGCUACGGAUGGGGGGAAAGAGUGACACCAAUCAGGCCCCGCCGAGGACUGGAGUUGCCCAUCCCGGUUGUACAUAAAUUCAUUGUUUUCUAAUCACUUGUUAAUAUUAUCCAUAGUUAUAAAAUAGCUUUGUAACCACAAUAAUUUUACUUAACUAGGCAAGUCAGUUAAGAACAUUUUUUUUUUGUUGAUGGCCUAGGAACAGUGGGCUAACUGCCUUGUUCAGGUGCAUAAUAACAGAUUUUUACCUUGUCA